AUGAGUCAUAACACUACUAUUGCUCCGACACGAGCAUUGAGACUUAACCCCGACAACCACCGUCGCAAGCGCAGACCGGUCAAUUGCGAGGAAUGCCGACGCUCCAAACUACGAUGCGAUCGUCAACACCCUUGCGGGGCCUGCAAGCGACGCAAACGCGAAGCCAGUUGCUCCUACGAUAUUGUCGCCGGUGGCAUUGGACCGCUCAGUGCUCAGAGGACCACCGCUAAUCCUCGAGUGCCCGCAGCGCCGAACAACAAUACGAGAAGGAUCGCCGAGUCUCCCACGGCUUCAUUGCCACAACCCCCUCCACCGCCGGAUUGUGAGACAGCCCAAGAGUAUUUACAUACCCGCUGGGAGAGUGUGCUGCAGAGGCCUGUGCCGGAGGACGACGUCGAGCCACACACCUUGUCACCCUUGCCCUUUGGCUCGCGGAUGUCCCACGAAGAGAUUAUACGUUCUCUGCCGCCCAAGGCCUGCUGCGACUAUCUUGUAUCCCACUUUUUCAAACAUAUAUUCGCCCUCUUCCCCAUCCUCCAUGGUCCGACUUUCCAACGGCAAUACAUAGGCUUCAUACAACAGCCCCAUGAGGUCGAUCUCUCGUGGUUGGCUCUCCUAUUCUCCUUGUGUUCCUUGGCUCUGAAGACAAUAGAUGCGAGUGACCCGAAGCUGGCAUGUGUUUGGUCCCAGUUGCCUACGAGUCCAACUCCGGUCGAUGUCACGGUCUCGGUUUCCCGCCGUCUCCUCCGCACGGCGAUGACCUGCCUGUUGCAGGAUGAGUUUUUCAUCCGGCACAAGUUCAGCACCUUUGAGGCGCUCUUGAUGGUGCUGUAUAAUCUUUCCCAUAACGGGUCGGUCGAUCAAGGGUGGGCCCUGCUGGGGAUGGCCCUGAACAUGGGCAUUGCCUUACGGUGCAACGAAAACCAAAACUUGAACCCGAUCGAGUCUGAGCGACGACGGCGAUGUUGGGCCGGUCUCCUGACCCUUCACACGUACCAGGGCAUACUCUUCCGUGACGUUGACAUGUCCUAUCUUCUCAACAUCAGGAGCACCGCCCCGUCUGAUGUCAAUGAUACCGAAACUACAGACGAGGGCAUCACCUCCCCGCCAUCCACUCGUCAUCACGGCGAGCCGACACAGAUGUCCAUGAUGAUGGCCAAGGUCCGGCUGUUUCGGCUGUCAACCGAGAUCUGCCGGCACAUCUCCGGCCCGUCGCGGCUGGAUCGACGGCUGCUCCAGGAGUUCGACGCCGCCAUCGCCGCGGAGCAGAAGCAAUGGGACGCGACGUACACAAUCGACGGCCACCCGAGUCUUCUGGACUCGACCAGCUACGCGCAUUGGUGCGUACUCCAGACCUACGCGCACCACCUUUACCUCCUUCUCCAUCGGCCAUUCCACCACACCAAAGCGACAGAAUUCCUCCCUACCUCUCGGGACCGAUGCAUUACUUCAGCAUCGGCGCUGAUUUCUAUCCACCGAGAGCUUUACGAGUCCCCUUUGCUCCGAAACUACAUGUGGCUGCUCAACGGCGUGACUACCCUGAAAGCGCUCCACGCCGCCGUGGCCCUAAGCUCCUGCCUUAUUGAUAUGCCCCCAUCGCCAGCGGCUGCGACAGCGAACCCCGGAGGUUACGACUUGGACUCUUUCCGGCUCGAAGUAAACGCCAUGGCCGUUCGGGUGGCCAGCCUCUCCAGUCGGAGCAACAUCUGUGCGAAAGCGCAUCGGGCUCUCCGUCACUUACAGGCACAACUGGGAACCAGCGAGCCCCUGACUGAACGCUCGGAAGUAGAGCUUCAAACGACGUUUGAAGACUGGACCGACAUACGGGAAUGGAUGGACGGUGAUCUGGUGAACUGGAACCUAGAUGGAGCCUACAGCAUCUUUGGAAGUGGAGCCAUUUAGUCAAAUACAUAAA